CAAAAAAAAAAAAAACAUAACUGUUGUAGAGAGUGAAGUUUCAUCGAGAGAAAGAUUUGAUCUCCUGUCCAUUGCUGCUAAUUAAUCAGUUAUAUUCAAGAUCAGAAUAUUCGAUGGUUGAAUCAAGGAGCGGCGCCACCGCCGUCGUCAGAGUCCUCGUGACGAUGACGGUGGUGGUUAUUAUGAUGACGAUGAUGAUGAGUAGUAGUACGAAAGCAGCGCCGGCGGAGUCACUGGUGAGUUACUUGCCCGGUUUCAACGGGAGUUUCCCGUCGAAGCACUACUCCGGGUACGUGAGCCUGGAGGAGGAGAAGCAUCUGUUCUACUACUUCAUCUCGUCGGAAAGGAAUCCGGCGGAAGACCCCGUCGUUUUGUGGCUCAACGGCGGGCCCGGCUGCUCCAGCUUCGACGGUUUCGUUUACGAACAUGGCCCAUUCAACUUUGAGCAAGGGCCCAAGGGAAGUCUUCCAAAGAUGCAUCUCAAUCCAUACAGCUGGUCCAAGGUCUCUAAUAUUAUCUACCUGGACUCUCCCUGUGGGGUCGGUCUUUCUUACUCUCCAAACACGUCAAAUUACUUAACCAACGACCAUAAGACCGCCCUUGAUACUCAUAACUUCCUUCUCAAGUGGUUUGAACUGUAUCCAGAAUUCCGACGCAACCCAUUUUUCAUCUCCGGGGAGUCUUAUGCUGGAGUUUAUGUCCCAACUUUGGCAGCUGAAGUUGUUAAAGGGAUAGAAUCAGGGGACAAGCCAGCCAUCAACUUCAAGGGUUACCUUGUUGGGAAUGGAGUGGUUAACGAUGGAAAUGGACUUGGUGCUGCUGUCAAUUUUGUGCACGGCAUGGCCCUCAUCUCCAACCACAUGUUUGAGGAAGCAUCGAGUGCUUGCAAUCCCGAUUUCAGUAGCAACAGCAGUAAAUGCUACCACGCUAUCGACAAACUUGGCACGGCGCUGGAUGGCCUGAAUGUUUACGACGUGCUGGAGCCAUGCUACCACGACCCAGAAGGACAGCAGCAGAGGCAAACCCAACUGCCGCCAAGCUUCCAGAAAUUGGGCCGGACCGAGAAGGCUCUCCCGGUCAGGAAGCGGAUGUUCGGUCGGGCCUGGCCGCAUUGGGCUCAACACUUCGAUAACUUCCGGCCCAACAAAACCGACAAUAAGAUGCUUCUUUGGCCCCAACUAGGACGCCUGUCUGGCGGGGUUGAUUGUAUCAAUGAUGUGGUGGCGACUGCAUGGCUGAAUGACGAAUCUGUGAGGAAAGCCCUUCACGCCGCACCAAAAUCCACAGCGGGUGAGUGGGAACUGUGCUCGGACCGAAUAGACUACGAGGGCGAUUCGGGGAGCAUGAUCCCCAUCCACCGAAACCUGACCUCCCAAGGCUAUCGAGCCCUGAUCUACAGCGGAGACCACGAUAUGUGCGUGCCGUACACCGGAACAGAAGCCUGGACUAGCUCCAUGGGUUACAACAUCACCGACGAGUGGAGGCCGUGGAUCUCCGGCGACGACCACCAAGUUGCCGGGUACCUGCAAGGAUAUGAACACAACCUCACUUUCCUCACAAUUAAGGGUGCAGGGCAUACAGUUCCGGAGUACAAGCCACAGGAGUCGUUGGAUUUCUAUACUCGAUUCCUUGACGGCAAAAGGAUAUGAUUUCAUAUACCAUUCCAAUUAAAGAUAUCAAUAAAC